CUGGGUUGCCUUGCCUGAUUGCUGCUGCUCUGCUCUCCCCCCUUUGGAAAGCUAGUUCCCGACUCGAGCGGAGGGCUCUAUUGUUAUUUAUUGUGUGGCUUGUGUUGCACGCUGUGCCUGCUGCAUGGGGCUGGCUGGCUGGCUUGGAGAGGGAGUGAGGGAAGUGAGUGGAGUGAAGGGAGGGACAGACAGGCAGGCAGGCAGACUCACUCACCCGCCCGCAGUGGGGGGAGCCCCUUAGCUGGCACCGCCAGGCCGUUUCCAGCGGAGCCCAAAGUUUUGACUGCCGGAGAGCACAGGAGCAACAGCAGCCUUUGGCUUAGGAGCUGGGUGCUGAUGGUGGCGAUCACACAGUCGCAGAGCUUUUUCUAUCGCUCACAGGGAGGUGAGAAAGAAGUAAGCUACCAACGUAGAGUUGCAGCCUAUCCUCCUGCCCAUCAGCUGAUGUCACAAGUGACAGCUAACACCUCCUGAAACAUGGCACAGUGACAAUCAGUGACUGAAAAGUGAGGACAGCCAGGGUAAGAAGAUUGACCUUUUUUGGUUGGCUGUAGCUGAAGAUUGCUUGGCCGAAGCCACUUAAAAGGUUUUUGAGUCAUGAUGCAAGAAUCUGGGACUGAGACAAAAAGUAACGGUUCAGCCAUUCAGAAUGGAGCAAGCGCUGGUAGCCAUAUACUAGAGUGCAGCCUGCGGGAAGCGAGAUCAAACGGAGAGACACCUUCAGUGGAAAUUGGUGCAGCAGACCUAGCCCACCUUCAACAGCAGCAGGCUCUUCAGGUAGCAAGGCAGCUUUUGUUACAACAGCAGCAGCAACAACAACAACAACAGCAGCAGCAGCAGCAACAACAACAACAACAACAACAAAUUAGUGGGCUGAAGUCUCCCAAGAGGAAUGAGAAACAACCAUCCCUUCAGGUUCCUGUGUCAGUGGCUAUGAUGACACCUCAAGUUAUCACUCCUCAGCAAAUGCAGCAGAUCCUCCAGCAGCAAGUGCUAACUCCGCAGCAACUUCAGGUCCUGCUCCAGCAGCAGCAGGCACUCAUGCUUCAGCAGCAGCAGCUUCAAGAAUUUUAUAAGAAACAACAGGAACAGUUGCAGCUACAACUUUUACAGCAACAACAUGCCGGAAAACAGCCUAAAGAGCCCCAGCAGCAACAGGUGACGUCACAGCAGUUGGCCUUUCAGCAGCAGCUUUUGCAGAUGCAACAACUGCAGCAACAGCACCUCCUGUCUUUGCAGCGCCAGGGUCUGCUGACGAUUCAGCCUGGCCAGCCUACCUUGCCAUUGCAGCCACUUGCUCAAGGCAUGAUUCCAAAUGAACUGCAGCAACUCUGGAAGGAAGUGACGGGUUCUCACACAGCAGAGGAAGCCGCAAGCAACAACCACAGCAGUUUGGACCUGUCGACAACAUGCAUCUCCUCCUCGGCCUCCUCUAAGGCCUCCUUAAUAAUAAACUCACAUGCCUCAACAAAUGGACAACUAUCAGUCCACACUCCUAAAAGAGAGAGUUUAUCCCACGAAGAACACUCUCAUAGCCAUCCGCUUUAUGGGCACGGAGUAUGCAAAUGGCCAGGCUGUGAAGCAGUAUGCGAAGAUUUCCAGUCAUUUCUAAAACAUCUCAACAGUGAGCAUGCGCUGGAUGAUAGAAGUACAGCCCAAUGUAGAGUGCAAAUGCAGGUUGUACAACAGUUAGAGCUGCAGCUUUCAAAAGACAAAGAGCGCCUGCAAGCUAUGAUGACACACCUACAUGUAAAGUCAACUGAACCAAAAGCUACACCUCAGCCUCUGAACCUUGUAUCUAGCGUCACACUUUCAAAGACUGCAUCAGAGGCUUCUCCGCAGAGCUUACCUCAUACCCCCACCACCCCAACAGCACCCAUCACUCCUGUUACCCAGGGACCUUCUGUCAUCACUACUACCAGCAUGCACAAUGUCGGACCCAUCCGAAGGCGGUACUCUGACAAAUACAACGUGCCCAUCUCUUCAGCAGAUCUUGCGCAGAACCAAGAAUUCUACAAGAAUGCAGAAGUCAGGCCACCCUUUACAUAUGCAUCCUUAAUUAGGCAGGCCAUUCUUGAAUCUCCAGAAAAGCAGCUAACACUAAAUGAAAUCUACAAUUGGUUCACGCGAAUGUUCGCCUACUUCAGACGCAAUGCAGCAACGUGGAAGGGUGCUAUUCGCACCAACCUAUCCCUGCAUAAGUGCUUUAUCAGAGUAGAGGAUGAGUUUGGGUCCUUUUGGACUGUUGAUGAUGAAGAGUUUAAACGGGGCCGUCAUAUUCAACGAGGCCGUCCUAGAAAAUUCUGCCCUGAUGAAAACUUUGGCGAGCUUGUUACACAAAACCCUUCACUUAUUAAAAACAUGCAGACCAGCCACACCUACUGCUCACCUCUCAGUGCUGCUUUACAGGCUUCAAUGGCUGAGAACAGUAUACCUCUGUACACUACUGCUUCCAUGGGAAAUCCCACUCUGGGCAGUUUAGCCAAUGCUAUGCGGGAAGAUCUUAAUGGUGCAAUGGAGCAUGCGAACAGUAAUGGGAGUGACAGCAGCCCAGGACGUUCCCCUAUGCAAGCAAUGCACCCGGUUCAUGUUAAAGAAGAACCAUUAGAUCCAGAUGAAAAUGAAGGCCCGCUGUCCUUAGUGACAACAGCCAAUCACAGUCCAGAGUUUGACCACGACAGAGAUUAUGAAGACGAAAAUGUAAAUGAGGACAUUGAAUGAAUAUGUCUGUGAUGUGAUCCUGCAAAUGAAGAUCACGGGGAGGGAGGAAAAAAAACAUAUACUUCAAAAUUAGCUGUGAAAUCUCUCCCCCAUUAUUGUACAGUCUGGAGGAAACACUUGGUCCAUUUUGACAGCUAUAAAGUACGUUAACUCUUAGUGCCAUCAAGUAUCCCAUUUGGGAGUAUUUUUGAUUUUUCUACUUUUUGUUGAAAAAAAAACAAAACAAAGGAAUUUGUACUCUGUGCAUUGGAUGGACUUGUUUGGUACUUGGGAUUCCCUCUCACAGUCAACAUCAGUGUUGUAAAUUUGUUCAACCAAUUCAUUUAUCCACAAUUUGGCAGCAGACUUUGGACUGCAAUUCUUCCAAUUUGGGACACCGAAGACAUCAAGCUGAGCAUGUACACAUAAUUGCAGAUCAAGCCUUUGCCCAGAUUUUGAGGAUUCCAAUGGACAAUAUUUGCACAGUAUCGCAUGUUGAUUAUCACUGCCUUCACUUUUUCUUUCUUUGCUUCCAUUUGGGAUGGGGAAGUCGUGUGCGUGUGUGCACACGUGCAUCUACAUGUGUGCGUGCAUAAGUGUGUGUGUGUGUACUGAAGAGGGGUUAAAAGAAAAUUCUCCCAAUUUUUUUAGUGUAUAACUUUGAUUUCCCCCCUACUUCUCCUUCACCAUUUUAAGUUCUGACCUCAGGCCUCAACUGGCCAGAGCCUUUUGAGGCUUAAAUGUUUUCUGUACUUUUGUGAUGAAUGUUAAUAGGUGUUUUUAUUAUACAAAGCUGAAUGUCCUUGGAAUUGUUUGUAGUUCUUUUUCUACCAUUCAUUCCAGUUUCCUUCAGAUGCCAUCAUGUUUUCUUUCGCUAUGGAAAACAUUCCAGUUUGGGCUAUAUUCCCACUCCUCACCCCCCCCCCCAAAAAAGAAAAAGGUUUCAAAAGCUGCUGUAACCGUGUGCAAAGAUAUCUUUGAUCAGAAAGAAAGGUAGUUGCAAGAAUUGAGAAUGAAAGGCAAACCAGCACAAAACAGUAUAUAGGAUGCGGUGCAAAUUCAUUCCACAGAGCAGUGUAUGUUGUUAUCAUCGUUCAGAGUUUUGUUUCUGGGCUUUCAUUUCUUUUUUUGCAGUAAUGGUAAAUAUUUAGUAACACAAACUUUUAACAGCACAAAAAACACUGAACAUACACCAUGCAGGGUUUUAUUAUGUCAGAAAUGAAUAUAAUCGUGGAAAGCUCUUAGCCUUUUAACCUGAGUUUCUGGGACAUCAAAUGCUUCUGGAAUAUCUAAAAUACCAAUCUGCCUAUACGUAUUUUCGAUUCACGUUCGAAAGUGGGCAUUAUGGGAGCAUUGUACGUGAUUAAACAGUUUGAGAAUUGACUGGUGGUAUCCAUCAGCUUGAAUACAAUUUAGGUUUUGGAUUCAACUUCUAGGGAAGGCCCACUAGUUGUAAAGUGUUAAUAAUUUUAACUCUGCAAACUGCAGUUAAGAACAUUACACAAUACUACACCAACCAGUAUCAGAAACUGACAACUUGAAACCUGUGGGUGAAUUAGCACUGUUGCAAGUUGCAGCAUUCUUCAAAGCAAAUGCGGGCAGGCAGCUGCUGUUAGAACAUUGGUACCCAUUGAUCACCGCACAUCUAAACACUUUCCAUUCUCCAGCCACUUCUCCGUAACUCACUUAUUUAUGUCGGACUAUAGCUUUUUAAUUUCAAACGCCUUUCUGUUUUUUUUAAUUUAUAUUCUACUUUUGUACCUUUCCCCCUAAAAUUACCAAAGAUAUUACACAAAGGUAAAUUAUGUUCUCUGUUAUAUGCUUUAUCUUAUGAAGCCAAAUAUCCUCUUAUUGUUGAUCAAAGGAGGUGAAAGAAUUUAGAAGCAAAUGUCAAGAUACGGGCUAUGGCUAACCUGAGAAGGGAAACUGCUCCUUUAUUAGAGUCUAAGUUAGAAGACCAAGUAGAUUGCUGAACCAAAGUUGUUGUUGUUUUGUUUUUUGUUUUGUUUUUGUUUCUUUACAGGGACCAAAUGUAUUUCUGUAAAGAAAGACCUUUUAAGGCUAAAGCUAUGGAACAGUAUUAAGUGAAGGGAGCAUGUAAGGACAGCAUUUCAUCCUGAGAAAACAGGAGAGUAGUCUAAUUUUCCUGCAAAACAAAGGAGAUGCUUACAUAAUAUUCAGAAGAACUCUCGCAACUUAAACUGAACCAUAUAAUAGUAUCUCAAGAAUUUUAUUUUCUAACCUUUUGUUUGGUCUCCGGCCUUGCAAAUCCUAUUCACUUUUGUUAAAAGCAAAUUGCAAGGCAAUUUCUGUUUAAUUUGCUUUAAUCUGUGCACAGGACCUUAGAGUGAUUGUGACUGUUGUUGUGUUUGGGGUUUUUUUUCCCCUUUGAAAUUUGGUCAGCAUCUUCCAUGCAGAAUAACACUCCUGUCCCCUUGUAAACUUUGGUACCAUUCAAGUCAAUGGGAGAUUUUUGCCAUUAACUUCAACUGGAUGCAAAUUGCUGCAUCCUUUACUGACAGUGAAAUAUAUAAAAACACAACUUCCCACCCACCCCCUAUUCCUGAUUUUGUUUUAAUUUAAAGGAGGGCAGUCUGUGGUCAUUUGAAACAUUUUGGAAACAAACCGUAUUCAGGCAGCGCCAUGGCGUGCAGGAGAUGGCCAGGGGGGAUCACAAGAAGCGAUCCCUGUGCUUCAAAACUGAGUGGUUUUGCUGGUUAGCUUGGUAUUCCAAAAGGGGAUAAAAAUCUGGUAGAUUAGUUCAUUCUCAGCAUGUGUAGCUAGACGAGUAAAGAUAACAGCAUGAGAAACUGUUAGUACGCAUACCUCAGUUCAAACUGUUAGGGAAUGAGUAAUUUUUUUUAAAAAAACCUACAUUUCACUCAGUUGCACUUAGUUAUAUGUCUUGCAUGCAUAGUCUAAAGACUGUAGCAAAAUAAUAAAAGAGAAAAUGAAAUAAUAAAAAAUUAGACUUACCGUAUCUUGCAGGUAUCACUGACCUGCAGAAGAACCAAGAGAAAAAUCUCAGGCUUUACAUCAAGCAAACUUUGCUAUUUUUUACAAAUUUCUGAUUCUGUGUCCCUUUCAAUAAUAACAAUUGUUCCUAUAGGGUGGGGUUUAUUAUGUUGUACAUAUAUAGCCCAAUGUGUCUCUGUGAUCCUUUUUGUCUUUUGGUGGGUGGGAUGGGGCGGCAGGGGAAAGAAAUGGGGAGGGAGAAGGUCCUUUUUUAAUAAAAAAAAAAUAUCAUUCCUCAAAAGGAAUAAAUGCAUACCUGUUAAAACACCCUUUGCUUUUUGUGCAACUGCUUUAUAUAAACUAUACUUUUAAAAAAUGCUUUGGGGAAAAAAUCCUACUGUAUGUAAUGGAAUUGCAGAAUAUGCUGCACAUAUAUUUUAUUUAGUUAUCCUUGCUUUAAGACUAUUGGAUGACAUUUGCUGACAUGUGGGAGAAAAUCCCAAACUCUCUGUUUUGGUUUUGGCAGAUUCCCCCCCCCCUUCUGGCUUCUAAAAUGUAACAUAGUUGACAAAUGAUUCCCAACCCCCCAACCCCCCUGUUAUGGAUCAAAUCAUUUUUGUACAGGUUUUUUUGUUGUUGCUGUUGUUGCUGUUAUGCUGUUUUGUUUUCAUUUUAAAUACUUUCCCUGCCCCUUCUGUUAUUUCCCUACCACUGCCUAUUUCUGGCUGUCUUAAGGGGCGGGGAAAAGUUGUUUCAAAAAAAUGUUUUCUCCUCCUGCAGUAAAUACUUUGCAUGAUGAAUUCCAAGGUCACACUUUCAAAGUUUUAUCAGUGAAGUAGUGAUUAAUAAUGGAGAGUGUCAAAAAUUAUUGAACUUUUGUAUAAAAAAAAAAAGAAAUACUUUACAAGGUGCCAAGAUGUAAAGACAAUUUGUUACAUGCUCUGUUUUUAUUUUAUUUUCUCUCAAAAGAAAAGCGUACAUUAUGAAAGUAGUACAGGUAAACCACUGUCAGGAAUGAGAGUCGAAGCCAACCUUAUCCACACACACACACACACACACACACACACACAAUAAAAACCUCUCCAUGGAACUGACUGAGCUCUCUUCCCUCCCCCAGCUGAGCUCGGCUGUCAGCUCUGAUCACCUGUUCCAGAGCAAAAGGCGCAGGGAUGGAAGAGGGGAAAGUCUUCCUCCCCACAUAGACUCCAAAUGCAGCAACGUGUCUGCAGUUUCCUGCUGCAUUUGCAGACCUCUAGACGGAAAUGAAUACCCUGCAUGUACCCCUAAGGGCUGGAUGCAGCAGGUUCUCUUAGCAACUUCUUGCACCGACAGUAGAAAGAGUUCCAUAGCCAGAACCCUCUUUUUGUGUAAAGCUCAUCCCUUCUCUGGAUUGGGACAACGCAGUUCAAAUGCUUAAAACCUGCUGGAUUUCUACAUUUGACCAGAGGCAGAAUAAAAUGGGGGGGGGGGGGAGAGAAUCAAGGCUUAUGUUAAACUUCAGUAAGGAAAUACAAUAAAUAAAAAUGUUUGAUUCUCCUUUAGGAGAGCCCAGCCAUAGCACCCAUGAUCAGCUUAUCAGGGGUGGGAGAAGGAGGAGAUGGGGAGGGGGUAUGAAUCUACGAAUAAUACAAAUCAUUAGAUAUUUUAUAUAUAAAUAUAUAUAUAAAAUAUAUCAAAGUUUAAAAAAAUAAUUUUGAACUGUUGUAGUUUUCAGAAUGCUGACAAGCUACGUUCCUUAUAGCAUGGAGAAUGUGUUUUAAACUCUCUUGGAAAGUUUUGGUAUCUUUUUUGCUUAACGUACUUUUUAGAUGUCACGGAAAACUAAUUUAUCAUUCUUAAAAGUCUUGAGAGUUACAUUUGCAGACCCGUUCCACGUUUUUAAACAGGCCCAGAGUUAGUAACAGGAUAUCUCCUUCCCAAAAGCCUUGAUGAAAAUGGUACAGUCCAGACUGUUAGCAUGGUUCUUCAUGUGUAUGUGCUGCCAGUAACAAGAUUCCCCUUUUUUUGUUUUGGUUUGGUUUUUGAGGCAUACAAGAAACUCAUUCCUUACAUCAACUGUAAUUCCAUCAUUCCAUGUCUGUUGAUGCAGACAAUAAAAUGUUGUGUAGUCAGUACUUAUUACUGACAUUAUAGCAUUCUCUAAUGCAAUAAAAGUGCUGGUUGUUCACACUGGU